GAAGAUCCUUCAGAUGACUUGCGGCGAAUUCGUGACUUCGUCGAUUGUAAACAAUGUCUGGAAAAUCGGGAAAUAAUGGAAACUUUGGGGAAAAAGCAGCACAAUGGCUCUGUUCCAAUGCUGGACUAUCAAUUAUUCCGCGAACGCGUUAAGCAGCAUUUGAAGAUCAACCGGUGUCAGGCCAAGCGUGUGUUCGAAAUUCUCCAGCUCUAUUUGCUACCACGUACGGAAGUUGCCUUGAAACGCUAUCGGAACGCGUUAGAAAAGAGGAUUAGCAAAUUUUACGAGCGUUCGCGAGUGGACUCCAUGUGCGGCCGUACGGUUGAUCGGCGGCACCAGGAUAAUACUCCAGAGGGCAUCCGUUUGUUCAACGAAGUUGCAGAAAAGUGCUUUACCACACAACUUGAGGAGCACGUCAAUGCGGAUCUCGAGGCCUAUCAAGUUAUUGUAGCCAAACUGGACCGAGAUUUGGGUGUUCCCGAGAUCAGUUAG